UUACAAUGCAAGAACUCGAAUCAACGUACAAUGUGUUUUGACCAUGAUUAAAAAUAUAUUAUGUUGUUUUAUAUCAAAAAUAUAAAUGAUUAUUUAUAUAUUAUGUGAAAACGAAUGCGAUUUAAUGAUGUUUCUGAAAUAACCACAAAUAUUUUUCCAUUUUCACUGCCAUCAACGAAUUAAUAAAUGACAACUAUGAUAACAACUAUGCGCAUGUGCAAACGCGGUAAUGGCGAUCGUGUAAAGUUUAUUUUGUCGUAUUUUUAUUUGGUGUGAAUUAUUUGUGAUAAAUUUAAUGUUUUUUUAUAUUUCUCAUUUUAGUUAAUAUUUGGUUUAUUUAAGGUUCUGAUACUCAUAUAUGUAAUGCUGGGACUAGUUUUAUUGGAUUCAUUAUUGGAAUAUAUACACAUUCUUAGAUCUAUAAAUCAUUAUUUUGAUUUAUAAUCCAUUAUUAUAAUGGGAAAACAUUCGGAAUGGAGGAAACUUGCAAAAAAAUAUAGAAGAAAAAGAAUUAGGCAGCAAAAGGCCAGAGUAAGAGAAGAAAAUGAACUUUUAGAAUUGAAAAAGCUGCUAAGCUCUCCUAGCUAUCAGCUUUUAUUGGCAGAAAAAAAUGAGGCAGAAAAACAGCAGAAAUUUGAAGAGGAUAAAUUGCAACAAGAAAAAGAGAGAGAAUGGUUAAGGAUUGAAGAAGAGGCUCAAAAACAGUUUCAGGAACUUCAAAAAAAAUUGGCCAUUGCUAGAGAAGAACGAGCUAAACAAAAUGAAAAAAUUAUCUUAGAAUGGAAAGAAGAACAGAAAAGGAGGGAUGAACAAAAGAAACAGGAAGAAGAAAAAUUACAACAGCAAAUCAAACAGCAAGAAUUGCUAAAUAUCAAAGUAGAAGAAUUUCUAGAAUAUGGUGGUGAUACCCCCGAACAUUUAAAAACUACUUGGGAAACGAAUCCAAAUAAACCACUAUGUCCAUUUUUUCAAAAGACCUCGACUUGCAGAUUUUUUGAUGUUUGCUCAAGAAAUCAUGUACGACCAGGAAUAAGUAGUACCAUUCUUAUACCAAAUUUUUUCUCACACUACAGUUUGGAAAAAACAGAAAAUGAACAUUUAACUGAUUCUAAUUUGGAGUUUGAAAAACACGAAACACAAGACUUUUAUAGAGAAUUUUAUAAUGAUGUUGUACCUGAAAUCGAAAAAUAUGGAAAGAUUGAAUUGUUUAUAACAUGCUGUAACCAUGAAGCUCAUUUAAGAGGAAAUGUAUUUGUAAAGUUCUGUUCGACUCAUGCAGCUCUAAAAUGUUUUAGAGCCUUGAAUGGUAGGUGGUAUGGUGGCAAGCAAUUGAGUGUACAGUUUUGUAAUGUACCAAAUUGGAAAUCUGCUGUUUGUGGAGUACAUUUCUCAAACAGAUGUCCAAAAGGAAAUAGUUGUAAUUUCUUGCAUCCGUUUAGAAAUCCAAGAAACGCUUAUAGCUCAUUUGCAAAAAUUAGGGAAUCCGAAUAUAAAAAAAGAAAUCGUUCAGAAAGUACAAAUUGGAGAUGGUCAGAGUCACCUGAACCAAGUGUUCAAUCUGACUGGGAAAAGGAUUCAGAUACGAGUGCUCAAAGGCAAAAAAAUUCUAGGAAUGGAAUGAAAAGAAAAAGAUCAAAGUCCCGCUCUAAAUCGAAAGAAAAAUCCAGGAAGUCUAGUUCGAGUAAGCAUUCAAGAAAUGGUUCAAGAUCUAGCGGUCGUAGCAGAAAUUCAGAAAGAUUUUAUACUCAUAGACAUAAAUAACUAUUUGUAUAUGCUGAUAAUAUAAUUCUAUAAAAUUUAA